AUUUCGAUGGAAUAGCAACGGCAUCUACAUGAGUGGAAGCAACAUCCUAAUUCCAUCAAAAUGUUUUUUAACUACAGGCCAAGGUUUGAGAACAGUGAUUUCCUGGGACAGUUACGAGCUGAAAGAAGAGUUGCGAACGAAAUAGGUCUAGACCUUCGUGCCAAAUUCCUCAAAAAUGUGGAAACGCUGUUACAGUCAUUUCACCAAAGCGGCACAUGUGAUACACGCGAUCUUAAGCCCACUAAUGGCGAUGCAAUUGAAGUUAUUAGAAUGAAAAUGAAGAGCGAGGCACAGAAAGUGCUCCGUGUACUCGAUGGUCGGGUUGAAGAUGAUUUCUCAGAGUCAGAAUUCGAAAAGCCACAUGAUGAAGAGUUAGAAGACACAAGCGCCAGAUGCCACGUGGGUUCAGACUCACCAAAACAGCCUGGCUCGAAAAAGACGUAUCGAUACAAAUGUCCAGUAAGUAAUACUGUUUGUUAUCAGCAUAAUACAGAUUAAUGUCGUCUCCGUAAGUUAAAUCCAAAAAAUUAAUAAAUAAGUCAUCAAAAAGCAGUCAUAUAUACAGUCGGGUUACCAUGGUGAUAUUUAAAGCUGCAUCACUUCUGUUGACUUAUAGUUCAUAUCAAAGUUUGAUUUUCUAGUGACAUAAUUUAUGACUCGGUAUAUUAUUUUGAUUGCCAUGCAAAGGGAAUUGUUUGUUAUUUUAGUGAUUCAUGGAUGUGGAGCUCAGCAUGUAGGUCCUGUAAAAAUAUUUUGUAUUUUCCAUAACUUUAUUGUGUGUUUUAUUCAUUUUACAGAUUUGUAACGAAAACUACACACACAUUGCGAACCAUUUGAAGUUUUUUCACAAACUCAAAAAGGAAGAUGUCUCAAAAAUAAGACUUCAAGAAAAGAGCAAAAGAAUCAGGUGAGAUACAUGUAUAUAGUUGUGUCAAUAAAUAGAUAUCAGUGUGCAUUGAUCAUUCAUAUUUGAAAACUUUUAGUAAUAUUUCCAAAUUUGUUGAUACAAUGCAUUGUUCUUAGUUGAACUAUCUCUAAAAAAUAUUUAUUUCAUUGUUAAAGAUAUUCAUUUCCUAAAUUUUGUGGUUUUAAAACACAUACAACUUCCAAAAUUCCAUGUAUUGUACUUUUUUAAAUAAAAAAACUUGGAAAAAUGCUACUUUGCAAGCACUGUGACUGUACAGUGUGUGGUUCUUUCUGAUGUAACAUCCAUGAGAAUGUAAUUGAAUUUCUUACUUUUAAUCUAAAUUAGAAAAGUCCUAAGUAAUCGGCAAGAGAAAAAAGUAAUAUCAAGAUUAUUACAGUAGCCCUACUCAUCAGAACAAAGAUUGUGAUUCGCCCAAGCAACAAAGAAAGGCAGAUAGAACAAUGACUACAAAAAGGAAGAGGCAUUGUUCGACAUUAUCCUGCUUUUCAAUGAUUUUAUUCUUUUUGCCCUAGCACCAGCUUCAUUCUAACAGUAGUGGGCGCCUCGAUUAUUACAAUAGAAAUGUAGUAAAUAGUUUUUUUGGUAUGUAAUGUCCAUGCUGCCUCAUAAUCACAAAUAGUGAGUAAAAUAUUAAGCUGUUGUGAAAAUGCAAAUGUGGAUGUUGUAAGGCCAAUAUGUUUUUUGUAUAUAAAUUCAUCUAAAACAGCCUAUUCUUUGUAUCAAGAAAUCCCUUUUCACUAAUCAUAUUAUUCAUCUUACAUCUUCAGUAACAAACAGGUAUUACAACCAUUUUAAAUUAUUGUUUUCUCUUCUAGAGAAGCAAAGAGUGGAAAUAAGAGGCCAUUGCGACCUUGCCCAGUUAAGUCAUGCAAGUGGGAAGGUUACCGAAUGGAUUAUCAUUUGCCACAGAAGCACAACAUAAAGAAAGGGUCAAAAAGGUACAAGGCUCUUACCUCUCCAUAA